CAAGUGUGGCACUCAAAUCGGAAGCGUAACACUCAAAACGGAGCAUGUUCGGCUUCUGAAAAAAGUUUGCAAACCGGAACAUUUAAUUCCGGGUUUGCAGUGUUUGGGUUCCAAGUUGUUUGACUACUAAGCCAUUCGAGAACCAUGGUACUACUAUACAGAAAAAUGUUCUGUCUUUGUCUUCUUUAGUGAAUGUUUUAUUAUUAUUAUUAUUAUUAUUAUUAUUAUUAUUAUUAUUAUUAUUAUGGAAAAAGUAGAUCCCGCCCUCUCUUUUGCUUAGACCGCUCCAAGAGCCUGGUGAUGGGGGAACCCCCUGGUUUGCCCUGCCGGCCUUGCUCCCCCUGCCGACAAGAGCCAGCACUGAAACGUGGCUGGCUGAAGAAGCAGAGAAGCAUCAUGAAGAACUGGCAGCAGCGCUGGUUUGUCCUUCAUGGCAACCAGCUCCUGUACUAUAAGAACGAGGAUGAGGUCAAGCCACAGGGGUUCAUCCCUUUGCAAGGCAAUCAGGUGAAUGAAGUGGCCUCCUAUCCUGAGGAGCCAGGGAAGUACCUCUUUGAAAUUUCUGCAGGUGGCACAGCAGGUCGGGAUAAGGUGCCCAUCCACCACGAAGCCUUCUUGUUCAUGGCUAGCUCCCAGAAUGAUAUGGAAGAUUGGGUGAAAGCUAUACGGCGGGUAAUAUGGACACCCUUCACUGGAGGGAUCUUUGGUCAACGCUUGGAAGACACAGUCCAAUACGAAAAGAAGUACGGGAAGCACCUGGCUCCGCUUCUGGUGGAGCAAUGUGUGGAUUUUAUCCGGGAGCAUGGCCUCGCUGAGGAAGGACUCUUCCGCAUGCCUGGGCAAGCCAAUUUGGUGAAAGAGCUGCAGGACUCCUUUGACUCUGGGGAGAAGCCUCUGUUUGACAGCAACACUGAUGUCCACACGGUAGCCUCCCUCCUGAAACUCUACCUCAGAGAGCUUCCAGAGCCUGUCAUUCCUUUUGCCAGAUAUGAAGACUUCCUCUCCUGUGGGCAGCUGCUUUCCAAGGACAAAGGAGAGGGUACUCAGGAACUGGCAAGGCAUGUGAGAAGUCUUCCGCAGGCCAACUACAAUCUCCUCAAGUACAUCUGCAAAUUUCUCGAUGAAGUUCAGUCUCACUCGAGCCAUAACAAGAUGAGUGUCCAGAAUCUCGCCACUGUAUUUGGACCAAAUAUCCUUCGACCGCAAGUAGAAGAUCCGUUAGCUAUAAUGGAAGGUACUUCCCUGGUCCAGCACUUAAUGACUGCUUUGAUAAGCGAGCAUGGUCAGCUCUUUGGUGCCUCUCUGACGGAGGGCGCCGACCAGCACCCACAUGGCACUAUAGACCAUCUCUCCAAGGACGGCAAAGCGGACUGCGAGUUAGAAAGCCCCACGGUCAACCCUGUGAGCCAACUCUUCAAGGCAGCAUCUUCUGCAGCUAAGGGAGCUAUUCAGGAGCAGAACAGCAAAGCAGACUGCAGCCUUCCUGCAACGAGCCCCGGCAAGAGAAGGCAAACGUUGCCCGCCUGGAAAUACUCCUUUCGGCAGCAGGGGGCUGGGUCGCUCAGUCACAAACUGGGAAGCUCCUUGCUGGAUAGCCCCAGUUUCCCUUCCGGUGGGAACUGGCUCAUGAAUGGACUGUAUUCCCUUCAAGGCCAUUGCAGGCCAUCCUCAGGAGGGCGGGCCACAGGUUCGCCUCAGAGACUCUCCACCUACGACAAUGUCCCCACCUCCGGCCUCUCUCUCAGCACCCACAGCAGCACCAGUGCCACUUGGUCGAGCUCAUCCUGCGAACUCUCUCUCGCCGUGGAUUCCGUCAGCAGCUGCCCUGCCUGUAGGGCGAGCGACUCCUCGGCCUUGAGCUCUCUUCAGGUGGAGUGGGCCACGGCUAGUUCCUUUCUGCAAAGCGAAGCCUGCUUGGAUAACAGCGCGGAGAGGUCAGGGGCGUCCUGCAGCGGCGACAGUGAUCAAAACAAUGGGACGUCUGCUUCCAAAGACUCCGCCCACUGCUCUGGAGCCCUGCAGAGUCUUGUCGCUGAGCUGAAGGCAGAGCUGAGCAAACAAAGGAUUGCAUAUGACUCCAGUAUCAAAAGGAUUGAAGAAGCAAACACGGAACUGAGGAAGAGGGUGGCAAGAUUAGAAGAAGAGCUCGAUCAAGAAAAGAAGAAAUACACAAUGCUGGCGAUCAAGUUGCGGAACUCUGAGAGGGCUCGGAAUGAUGCAGACAAGAGAAACCACCUCCUACAAGAAGAGAUGGAAGAUUUCUUCAAAACUUUGGGGGAUUUGACUGCAGAAAGCCAGAUGGCCAGCACCCCGAAAUAAAGAGAAGCCACCAGCCAGAUUCCUCCUGCCCUGCUCCCCACUUCAAAAUGGCAUCCCUCCAUUUUGCCCGAGUUUGCUUGCAGUGGUAUGGAAAAACUUUUGCUAAAUUACUGGCUUACAAACAUUAUCGUAUUGAACUGCCAGAGUUGUUAACAGCUGAAGACAGAUGAUAGAUUGGUGAGGAAGACGUUGAACCUCUCAUCUUGAAAGCAAAGGGGAUUGUUAUCAUUUCUGGCAGUAUCUUUCUGAUGGUCCAGGGCAAGCGUGAUACUGUGCAUGGUUGCAAAGUGCCUGAAUUCUGCUGAAGAAUUGCACUGUCUUCUCCUACUCGGGAGCACAAAGUUCGGUUUGCAACGUUUAACUGAUCUGCUAAAUUAAAAUGAACUUGCAUAGUCAACAUUUCUAUCCUAUGCAUAACUGCUUGCUUGCAUAAUCAAUACUGCCAGCUUACGGUGUCAACAGCAACUGAUUAUUAUGAAUUAAAUUUGCAUGCUGCCCUUCCUUUGAAGGUCUCGGGGUGGUCCACAGCAUAAAACACAAAAUACCAACACAAAAUGCACAAUAAAAGCAAGCUCAAAUUCAAACCAAAUCAAUAAAAACCCGCAUUUUAAAAGCCAUAGAAUGUUAAACCAGCCAAUGGCCUAGUUGAAAUGGAACGUUUUUGCCUGGUACCUAAAGAUGUACAAUGAAGGCUCCAGGUGAGUCUCCCCAAGAGCAUUCCACAAGCAGGAUGUGAGCAAGGAAUCCCCCAGGACUCCGGCAUCUCUCAGACUGCAUUAUUUUAUGGAGUUCCAUUCACCAGAAGGGACAACCCUGCUACUGGUUCACUUUUUUCAAUUCUCUUCAACCUCCAACAGAAGUCUAGGAUAUGUUCUAUUGAUGCCCUUUCCAAAACAAGCUAUGUUUUAGGAAGACCUCUGUUGAAAGGUUUGGAGUUUGACCCACAAUAUCCAGCUGCCCAAAAGCCACACUAUUCUCCUCCUCUGGUGUGGUUUUGCACAACAUGUGGCUUAGGGUACCUAAGUAGGCCCUACUUUCUGCCUCUACUACUUCUGUUGGACAUAGUGGGGAAAGGGCUGUGGUUGUAUUCUCAGAUGGGAUAGGGUAGGCAACAAGGAACAUGCUGGAGGCCCCGGACAAAUGUAAAGUGCCUUCAACCGAACGACGGAAUUUGAGGGACCUGGUAGGCAAAACAGUAUUUAAACAGUUCAGAAACCUUCACGGGUUUUGCACAAAUGGCAUUAAGUUCAUUUCAGGGAAACCAGGCAGGUGAGACGCUGGAUAAUAUAUGCACACAAUAAAUGUAUAAGAAAUUGCUUUUCUGGGAUCAGGGGAAAGAAAGAUAAGGGUGUCUGUAAUCCACCGCCCAAUUUCCAGACGUGGUUAAGCUUCUUGAGAA